AUGGGUCCAUCUCCGGCAUGGGUCUGGCCUCUAGCCUUGGGUCUGGCACAGAGCAGUCUUGCGGUCACGAUCCCUCUCGCACCGGCUACGUCUCUGACAACUUUGACUUCAACCUACUCUGAAACAGUGACUAGCACCAUCACCAGUCUUGUCCCGGUCACAACCAUUGAAACUACGUGUACUCCCGGGACUGCAUUGGAAUCCGCCGUGUGCGUUGAUUCCGUAUGGUCAGCCAAUGGGGCUUACUGGAAAGAGUGGUGUACCACAUCCUCCUUAGAGGGAGUACGCCAUGCUACUUUAGCUGGAGCCAACAUCUAUCUAUGCUAUGAGUACUGCAGCAUAUAUUCUACAAUAUGUACAGCCGUCAACUAUAUGGCAAAUAAUCUCCAGUGUGAUUUAUUGGGGACUGUGACAGGAACGGCAUCAUUCAGCAGCAGCGGGUAUGCAGGGAUUGAGAGAUUUACCACUAAUCCAUGUGAGGUUACUGUGACGGACACGUCAACUCAGCUAUCUACUGAAACGACGGUGGUGGAAUAUACGACUACCAUCACAUCAACCAUUACUCUUGCCACGAGUACGUCCUCUCCAGCCAUUGCUACAGUGACGACUUCUUCUUCGGCUGAGGCAACUUCUGCGGCUGCCACGGUGUCUGCUUCCUCAACAUGCUCUAUCUCUUCUCUUCCUACCUCUACCGACUGUGCUGAUGGUAAUUAUCUGUAUGAUGGUCUCUAUUAUCAAGUUAUUUGCGAUGAUAAUAUUGAGAGUUACUCAGGAUUUGAUAUUGCGAAUACAAGGAAGGACGACAUCUGGGCAUGUAUUGAAACCUGCUCGGAAUACUCAGAUUGUAUUGGAACAUUUUGGCAGAAUGGAAUAUGCUAUUAUCCAAGCUCAACACUCACCUAUCGAUAUGUCCCGUAUGACUACGAUGAUCCCGACGACAACAUUGUGGAGUACAUCGCCAUGCGACUCGAUGGUAAUCCUUGCUCAGCAGCAAGCUUCAGUGCAGUCCCAACUUCCUCGGCAAUUGCCUCUUCCCGGAUCGCGUCAAUAUCGCCUUUAAUGGCUGAGACAACCGUGUCUGCCUCUACAGUCAUGCCAUCAAGGCCAUCUUCUGCUUCAUUUUCAACAAGUUUCUCAUUCACUUCGUCUAUUCGAGCUUCCAAUAUUGCAAUUCCAGCCCAGCAUACAUCUUCUGCCUUGGCCUCGCGCUCUGCACCAGCUUCCAACUCUGUAUCAGCUUCCCACUCUGUAUCAGUUUCCCACUCUGCAUCAGCUUCCCACUCUACGCCAGCUUCCCACUUUACGCCAGCUUCCCACUUUACGCCAGCUUCCCACUUUACGCCAGCUUCCGAGCCAGUCAUACCUUCGACAUCUUCACCGCGUCCUGCUUCGGCUACUGUCACUAUUUCUCUUAAGCCGAUCAGUUCCAGUGCGAGCUCAACAGCAACAAGUUCUUUCACUAGCGCUCAAGGCAGCUCAUCUGCAUCGUUGCCGCUUUCAAUGACAGGUGCUGGCUCUGCCAGUGCCACUAAUCAUUCAUCGUUGCAAAGUACCGUGCCUGUACCGCCACAGUUUACCACGUCGACCGUCUGGACCGCCCAGGUACAUACAGUGACUGCUUGUCCACCAUCCGUUCAUAACUGUCCAGCGUCAGAAAUGACAACUUACUUCACCACUGAAACUGUGGCUGCCUACACCACCGUUUGUCCCAUUACAGCAGAGGAGGUUGCAACGGCCAACCUGGCUGCGGGAUCAAUUGCCAAGGGACAACCAACUGGAUCUCCUAGCGAAGUACUCACAACAUCCACGGUCUAUACGACGUACAAUCGCUACAACACAGUUUGCCCCUCGUCGAUGCAAAAUUGUGUUGCUUCCCAGAUGGUUGCUUCGAUGACAACAGAGACCGUGGUAGCCUAUGUGACUAUCUGGCCCGUCGCCGAGGCAGAGUUAGGCGGUGACACUGGAGCUCUGGACACUCAAAGUUUGACAUCAAAUGGUGGCAAUGCAUUCACUACUGGUACCCCGGUUACCUUUGGCACAGAUAUUGCCACUAUUACCGCGACUUACAGCACUUUCCAUGAGGGAUCUAUCAUUGAGGGAAAAACCACCUAUCUCAUUACUACCACUAUACCAGUGACUAAAGCAAUCACAGUGGCUACCGUUGUAGGUACUGAAUCAGCCAUUGCUUCUUCUUCCGCAGUUGAUAUUUCUCAACCCGCCCGGAAUAAUGAUCAUACAAUGGAUGAAUCCGGAGGCGAAAGCGUGGGCAGUGAAAAUUACCUUUCUGGUUACGCUAGUGGUGACACUGGAUUCCACCCUUCAUUGAAGACCUCACAAGCGAUUGCGGCUUCUUCUGCAUUGUCUUAUUCCGCUAGUGGAGUUGCUAGAAGUGGCACUUCCACUGUUAUCAGCCCUUCUUCCAGCACUUCUACUGCCCAAACCGCUAUCUACACUGGAGCUGCAUCUAAACUGCAUGGGUUGGGCGCACUGCCUCUCUGCUUGAUUGCCAUUGCUAGCUACCUCGUUCUCCGAUAUGAUCCAAGCGCGGUUUUGGAUUGGGUUGAUCUUACUUGA